UUUCACCCUGUUCCAGAUCACACUGUCAUAACAACUCUCCCCUUAAAUCACCUUCACAUCCGACAACAUGGCUCCCCCGGCGUGCGCGCCCGUCGCCAAGGACGACGCGAUCCCUGCAGGCAUCCGCAAUGGCAUGCGCUUGGCCCAGCCCGGCCCUGGCGAAGAGGUGGUCAUCUCCGGGCUGGCGGGCAUGCUGCCCGACUCGGACAACGUGUACGAGUUCAGGGACAAGCUGUACAACAAGGUGGACCUCGUGUCCGACGACGACCGGCGCUGGAAACUUGACCACCCCGAGAUCCCCCAGCGUACCGGCAAGAUCAACAACGUCGGCAAGUUCGACGCGGCCUUCUUCGGCAUCCACUACAAGCAGGCGCACGCCAUGGACCCCAUGUGCCGCCUGCUGCUCGAGAAGUCGUACGAGGCGAUCGUGGACGCGGGAGUGAACCCCGGCAGCCUGUACGGCACCAAGACGGGCGUCUUCAUCGGCGCCUGCUUCUCCGAGUCGGAGAAGACCUGGUUCUACGAGAAGCUGGAGGUGAACGGCUUCGGUAUCACCGGCUGCUCGCGCGCCAUGCUCGCCAACAGGAUCUCGUACUGGUUGGGCGUCAACGGGCCCAGCUACACCGUGGACUCGGCCUGCUCCUCCUCGCUGUACGCCAUGGAGCACGCCUACAAGUCCAUCCGCGACGGCCACUGCGACAUGGCCAUCGUGGGCGGCUGCAACCUCUGCCUCCACCCCUACGUCUCCCUGCAGUUCUCUCGUCUCGGUGUCCUCUCCAGGGACGGCACCUGCAAGUCGUUCGACGAGAACGCUAACGGUUACUGUCGAUCGGAGGCCAUCGUCGUUGUGUUCCUCCAGAAGUCCAAGGACGCCAAGCGCAUAUACGCGACCCUGGUGCACGCCAAGACAAACUGCGACGGCUACAAGGAGCAGGGCAUCACCUACCCGUCCGGCCAGAUGCAGCAGCGUCUGCUCGAGGAGUUCUACCAGGAGUGCGGCGUCGACCCCCGCACCCUGGGUUUCGUCGAGGCUCACGGCACCGGCACCAAGGUCGGUGACCCCGAGGAGCUGGCCGCGCUGGACACGGUCUUCUGCACGGGCCGCAAGGACCCGCUGUGGAUCGGCUCCAUCAAGUCGUCCAUCGGUCACUCGGAGCCCGCGUCCGGCCUCUGCUCCGUCACCAAGUGCAUCCUGUGCAUGGAGACGGGCAACCUGGUGCCCAACAUACACUUCCACAACGCCCGCAAGGGCGUCAAGGGCUUCGAGGAGGGCCGCAUGCGCGUCGUGACCGACUCCACGCCCUGGCCCGGCGGCCUCAUCGGCAUCAACUCGUUCGGCUUCGGCGGCGCCAACUGCCACGUCCUGCUCCGGUCCAACCCCAAGGAGAAGGUGAACGGCGGCCAGCCCAAGGACAAGAUCCCCCGCGUGGUGGCCGUGUCCGGCCGCACCAGGGAGGCCGUCGACACCAUCCUGAACGACAUCGAGUCUCGGCCCGUGGACGCCGAGUUCGCCCGCCUGCUCCACGACGUGCACGCCGAGGAGAUCCCCGGCCACUUGUACCGUGGCUACGCUGUGCUCGGCGCGCAGGACAAGCACCGCGAGACUGAGUUCUUCCCCGGCGAGCCGCGCCCCGUCUGGUUCGUGUUCUCCGGCAUGGGCUCGCAGUGGCCCGCCAUGGCCGCCUCCCUCCUGCAGCUGCCCGUGUUCAAGGCCGCCGUGGAGGGCUGCCACCAGACGCUGCAGUCCAAGGGCGUGGACGUCAUGCAGAUCCUCACCUCCAAGGACUCCAAGACCUUCGACAACAUCCUCAACUCGUUCGUCGGCAUCGCGGCCGUCCAGAUCGGUCUGGUGGACGUGCUCCGCUGCGUCGGCGUGGAGCCCGACCGCAUCAUCGGCCACUCGGUGGGCGAGCUGGCGUGCGCCUACGCCGACGGCUCCUUCACCGCGGAGCAGACCAUCCUGGCCGCCUACUACCGCGGCCUCGCCUCGCUCGAGACCGACUUCCAGCGCGGCGCCAUGGCCGCCGUGGCGCUCGGCUACAAGGCCAUGAAGGCCCUGUGCCCGCCCGACGUGGAGGUGGCGUGCCACAACUCGGCCGACUCCUGCACCGUGUCCGGCCCCGCCGACGUGGUGGAGGCGCUGAUCGCGGACCUGGCCAAGAAGGGCAUCGCUGCCAAGGAGGUCAACUGCUCCAACAUCGCGUACCACUCACGCUUCGUGUCCAAGGCCCUGCCCAGGCUGCGCAAGUACCUGGACCAGGUGAUCCCGUCACCCGCACCCCGCUCCGAGCGCUGGCUGUCCACGUCCGUGCCCGAGAAGGACUGGGCCUCUCCCGCGGCCCGCCUCAGCUCGGCCGAGUACCACAGCAACUCGCUCGUCAACCCCGUCCUCUUCGAGGAGGUGCUCCAGCACGUCCCCGAAGACGCCCUGCUGCUCGAGAUCGCGCCCUCCCCCAUCCUCCUGGACGUGCUGCGCCGCGCCCUGCACGAGGACAACGUCGUCAUCCCCCUCACCCAGCGCGACAGCAAGGACGCCACAUCGAACCUGCUGGCCGCCCUCGGCAAGACCUUCAUCGCCGGCUGCCAGCCCAAGCUGCACAACCUGUACCCCGCCGUCGCGUUCCCCGUGAGCCGCGGCACCCCCAUGCUCUCGCCGCUGGUGCGCUGGGAGCACAGCGAGGACUGGUACGUCACCUCGUACCGCAUGCAGGAGAAGAUCAAGUCCGGCGAGCGCACCGUCAUCAUCAACGUCAACGACGAGGAGCAGGAGUACUACACCGGCCACGUCAUCGACGGCAGGAACCUGUUCCCCGCCACCGGCUACCUGGACUUGGUGUGGGAGACUGUGGGACUGAUGCGUGGUGAGAUCUACACUGACGUGAACAUCGUCUUUGAGGACGUGAGGUUCCACCGCGCCACCAACAUCAGCAAGGAAGGAAACAUCGAGUUCAUCGUCAUGGUCCAGAAGGCGUCCGGAAGCUUCGAGGUGGUGGAGGGCGGCGCGGCCAUCGUGACGGGCCGCGUGUACGUUCCCGAGGACGUCAACAAGGAGAUGGUGGACCUGCCGCCCCCAGAGAAGCCCACGGGCAAGGACCUGAUCGACAUGCAGGGCCGCGACGUCUACAAGGAACUGCGUCUCCGCGGGUACAACUACUCCGGCCUGUUCCGCAGCGUGGUCAACAUCGACAACCUCGGCCUCACCGGCAAGGUCGCCUGGCACAACAACUUCGUGGCCUUCAUGGACAACAUGCUGCAGCUGCAGAUCAUGCAGGUGGACACGCGCGGCCUGUUCGUCCCCACCUCCCUGCAGAAGCUGGUCAUCGACGCCAAGGCCCACGCCGACGCGGUGGCCGCCGCUUCCGCCGGCCUGGAGGAGGACAAGACCCCCGAGCUGUUCGCCUACGUCAUCCCCGAGAUCGAGCUGAUCCGCUCGGGCGGUGUGGAGGUGCGCGGCCUGAAGGCCAGCGCCAUCCAGAGGCGCAAGCCCCUGGGCGAGCCCGUCCUCGAGACGUACCAGUUCCUGCCGCACACCCAGCCGCCCAAGGACCGCGAGCUGGACCGCAAGUCGGCGCUGCGCUUCGCCAUGCACGUCGCCAUGGAGUCGAUCCAGAGCAUCAAGCUCAAGACCGUCGAGAUCGUGGACGCGGAGAGCCGCGAGGAGGACGGCCUCCUCUCCCCCAUCAUGUCCGAGAUCCUGGGCGACCUGCCACUCAUCCAGGCCGAGGUUCAGCUCCUGGCGCCGGCCAACCACCCCCUCAUCACCGAAGACCUGCCCUCCAACAUUGUCGUCGAGGACAAGAAGCUGGACAAGGAGCAGGGCGCCAUCGUCGUCAUGGCGACCAACCUCAGCAGCCGCACCGACGUGCUGCAGGCCGCGCUGGGCAGCAUCCUGGAGGGCGGCUUCGUCCUCUCGCGUGAGAAGCCUGGCGCCAAGCUCGUCGACGGCCUCGAGGUGUGCGUCGACCAGGUGUACGGCGAGGAGCGCAUCGUGCUGCUGCGCAAGAGCGCGCCACUCAAGGAGGCGCCCAUCGUCAUCAACGUGACCGAGACCCACUUCGACUGGCUGGAGCAGCUCAAGGACGCCAUGAAGGACGAGAAGAGCACCAAGAAGGUGAUCGUGGUGGCGCAGGGCGAGCCCGAGAACGGCAUCAUCGGCCUGGUCAACUGCAUCCGCAAGGAGCCGCCCACGGGCGACCGCUGCCGCGGCGUCUUCAUCGUGGACAAGAACGCCCCGCCCUUCGCCGUCGACCACCCUCUGUACGCCGCCCAGCUCGCCAAGGACCUGGCCACCAGCGUGCUCAAGGGCGGCCAGUGGGGCAGCUACCGUCACCUGCCCAUGGACCCCAACCCCAUGAUCACGGCGGAGCACGCCUACGUCAACGUGGGCAUCAGGGGAGAUCUCAGCACACUCAAGUGGUUCCAGGGCAGCAUCGACCCCCACAAGCCCAUCCAGCUGACCGAGGACCAGGAGUUCGUGCACGUGUACUACUCGGCCCUCAACUUCCGUGACAUCAUGACGGCCACGGGCAAGCUGGCGACCGAGGUUGCGGCGCACGGCCGCCUCAACCAGGAGUGCGUCCAGGGCCUGGAGUUCGCCGGCCGCACCCGCGACGGCCGUCGCGUCAUGGGCAUGAUGGCCAGGGGCGCGCUGUCCAACAUGAUCAUCUGCGACAAGACGCUCAUCUGGGACGUGCCCGACGACUGGUCCCUCGAGGAGGCCGUGACCAUCCCCGUCGUCUACGGCACGUCCUACUUCGCGCUGCAGCGGGCGGCCCGCAUGCAGAAGGGCGAGACGGUGCUGAUCCACGCCGGCUCCGGCGGCGUGGGCCAGGCCGCCAUCAACAUCGCGCUGCACGCCGGCUGCGUCGUCUACACCACCGUGGGCACGCCCGAGAAGCGCGAGUUCAUCAAGCAGCGCUACCCGCAGCUCACCGACGCCAACAUCUUCGACUCGCGUUCGUGCUCCUUCGAGCAGGACGUGAUGACGGCCACCAACGGCCGCGGCGUGGACAUGGUGCUCAACUCGCUGGCCGAGGAGAAGCUGCAGGCGUCCGUCCGCUGCCUGGCGCACGGCGGCCGCUUCCUCGAGAUCGGCAAGUUCGACUUGGCCAACAACAACCCGCUGGGCAUGGAGAUGUUCCUGAAGGAGACCUCCUUCCACGGCAUCAUGUUGGACAACUUGUUCGAGGCCACUCCCGAGGAGAAGAUCGAGGUGCACAACAUCGUCAAGGACGGCAUGCUGGACGGCGGCGUCCGCCCUCUCACCCGGGAGGUGUUCCCCUACGAUCAGGUGGAGGAGGCCUUCCGGUUCAUGGCGGCUGGCAAGCACAUCGGCAAGGUCCUCAUCAAGAUCCGCGACGAAGAGGCCGACCGCCUGGCCAAGCCCACGCUGUGGCCCAUGAUGGCCGUGCCGAGGUUCUCGUGCUUCAAAAACGCGAGCUACGUCGUGUGCGGAGGCCUGGGAGGCUUCGGCCUCGAGCUCGCCGACUGGCUGGUGCUCCGCGACUGCCGCAAGAUCGUGCUCACGUCGCGCACCGGCCUGCGCACGGGCUACCAGGCGCUGCGCAUCCGCACCUGGCGCUCGUACGGCGUCGAGGUGGUCAUCUCCACGGCCGACAUCACCACGGAGGCGGGCUGCAAGCAGCUGCUGCAGGAGGCCAACAAGCUGGGCCCCGUGCUUGCCAUCUUCAACCUAGCGGUCGUGCUGCGCGACGCCAUGCUGGAGAACCAGACGCCCGAGGAGUUCGCCACGUCACACGCGCCCAAGGCCGACUCGACGCGCUACCUGGACAAGCUCACCCGCACCAUGUGCCCCGCGCUCGAGCACUUCGUGUGCUUCUCGUCCGUGUCGUGCGGCCGCGGUAACGCCGGCCAGACCAACUAUGGCAUGGCCAACUCGGUCAUGGAGAGGAUCUGCGAGCGGCGGCGCGCCGAGGGCCUGCCCGGCGUCGCCGUCCAGUGGGGAGCCAUCGGGGAGGUCGGCCUCGUCGCCGAGAUGCAGGAGGAGCACACCGAGCUGGUCAUCGGCGGCACCCUGCAGCAGCGCAUCUCCUCGUGCCUGUACGUCCUGGACAGCUUCCUGCGCCAGCCCUGCCCCGUCGUGGCCUCCAUGGUGGUGGCCGAGAAGCGCGCCGGCUCCGGCUCCGGCGGCAACGUGGUGGACGCCGUCGUCAACAUCCUGGGUCUGCGCGACUUGAAGACCGUGUCCCUCCACUCCACCCUGGCCGAGCUCGGCAUGGACUCCAUGAUGGCCGUCGAGAUCAAACAGACUCUGGAGCGCGAGUUCGAGGUCUUCCUCACAGCGCAGGACAUCCGGUCCCUGACCUUCGCCAAGCUGCAGGAGAUCGCCAAGGCUUCGGCUGAGGAAGGCGGCAGCCCCAAGGAGCAGGUCGUCUCACACUCAGAGCUCCGAGAGGAGGCGCUGAGGUACCUCAUGAAGUCCAUCGGCUCGGAGGACAUGGCCGAGCAGCCCGUCAUCCAUAUGCCCAGUAAGGCGCCCCAGGACGCCAAGAACCCCGUGGCACCAGUAUUCCUCAUCCCCGGUAUCGAAGGUAUGGCCGUCAUGCUCAAGUCGCUGUGCGAGUACAUCAAGGCGCCCACACUGGUCCUUCAGCUGCCCUACAACGACGAGAAGAACACGACGAUCCAGGACUUCGCCCGGUCGGUGUACAAACACGUCAAGUCCCGCCUCGCACCCAAAGAGUCCUUCAAACUGGUGGGCUACUCGUUCGGUGGCAUGGUGUCCACGGAGCUGGUGCGCCUCCUCGAGCAGGACGGCCACGUCGGCGAGCUGGUGCUGCUGGACGGCGCGCCCGCCGGCAUGCAGGAGCUCACCAAGGUCUGGAUCAAGGAGGACGGCAACACCACAGAGCUGGAGAUGGCCGUCCUUCUCGGCCUCCUCGUCGAGCUCAAGAUCGCACCCCCUCCAAAGCUCCGUGAGGACCUGUUCAAGCUGCCCACCUGGGAAUCGCGUGUCGAGCACUUCCUGGCCAUCACCCCCAACACGCCCGGGUACAGCAAGGACCACAAGAAGAACGCCUGCGUGUCCUUCGUCAACCGGUCAAAGGCCGCCAAUGACUACAAGACACCGUCGACAGAGAAGCUGCGGUCCUCUAUCACCCUCAUCAGGCCGACGAACCAGACCUUCAAGCACGACCGGGAAGACUACGGCCUUACCGACCUGUUUGCACAGGACACCAUCCCCGUGCACUUUGUUGAGGGCGACCACAACACGAUGCUGGACAACGUGGAGACGGCCGCCAUCAUCAACGCAGUCCUGGUGGAGGGCACCGCCGGAAACAAGACGUUCGGCGACAAGGUCGCGGCGGACUCCAGGCUAAGCGCCAAGUCUCAAUGAGGGGCGACCAGCGGCCACUGAGAAAGGAGGCGUCGAAACGACACCGCUUCGACGUCUCGUCAACGUGGAAACAACGUCGAUUCGGCGUCGAUUCGACAUCGUUUUAAGAACAAUUUCUCACUGGGAUGCCAGGAUUAGAAAGCAAGACUGA